AUGAUGAGUGGUGAGGAUGAUGAUCUCAAAUUGCAGCGUGCAUCUUCUGCACUGCUCUCAGACCUCGAGAAGUUGCUCCCGAGGCUGAUUCGAGGACGACAAUACGGCUCAUCCACAGCCGCCGUCCGUCAUCAUGUGCGAGAGGUGGACAUGCAUCGAGCAUGCGCUCUGAUUGAACCCUUUCAAGAAGAUCCUCAGCUUCUCGACACGCAUUUGAAGAACCUGCUGCCCCCACUAGUUGCUGCCUACCUUGAUUUGCUACAGGCCCCAUCCAGAGAGAGAAGCCAAAAAGGGUUUCUGCCUCUUUCACAUGCGAUAUGCUACAUAAUCAACCUUUUCACCAAAGUCAGGGGCGAAAAGGUCAUCCAAGGCUUCCUCAACAACGAGCCACGCUAUCUUGAACCAGUGCUAAGAGAGUUCGAGGGCGGAAAGAACUUCCAGAAGGAGCCAGAUGACAGCCUUCCUCAGUCGAUAGUGCCUUGGACCGAACGAUACGUUCUGCUUCUGUGGCUUUCGCAUUUACUGCUUGCGCCUUUCCCGCUGGCCUCGAUAUCGACCUUACAGUCGUCCGAGGAGACCUCGGCAGCAUUGGGCAUCGAGCUGCCAGCAGAGAUUCCGGGUAUUACCCUCCGCGUUCUCAAUAUUUGUUUCCAGUGUUUACAGUCUGCAUCGAAGGAACGGACUGCUGCCGCGAAGCUCCUGGUAACACUGUGUGUGCGGCCAGACAUGCAAGAUCUUGGUCUGUUGCAUAUCCUUGUCAACUGGUCCUUAUCGUUCUUCUCGAAUGCAACAGAAGACGCUUCAGAUAUACAUAGAUGUAUUGGCAUUCUAUCGUUUAUGUCAGGCCUUGUGGCUUCUGCAACCAACGAUGAGAUUGGGCCAUUCCUGGCUCCGGCAUUUCAAGUCUGCCAACGGAUUUUGAGCCAAGACAACCUCAAGUUCCUCAAAUCUUCCGCAGUAGCGCGCAAGCUAGUUGUCAAGACCAUGCGUAAUAUUGUUGUACAUUGCCUCCAGGCAAAUUCGAGUCCAACGGGGCUUGAUCCCACAACUGCGCUCGAGGAAGUCGUAGAGGCAUUACUGGAAGCGGUCGGUGACGGUGAUACGCCAGUACGAUAUGCUGCAAGUAAAGCCCUUAGUAUCAUCACUUUGAAACUGGAUCCAGAGAUGGCUGAAGAAGUCAUCGAGGCAGUUUUAGGAUCGCUCAACGAGAGUGUGUAUUGGCAAGGGACUAAGCGCAACUUGAGUGGAGUCAAUCCUCUUCGCUGGCACGGUCUUACUCUGACUUUGUCGCAACUGCUCUACCGGAAGGCGAUACCGAUGCAUCAGUUGCCAGAUGUUCUGAAUGCGCUCUUGCUGUCUCUCGGCUUCGAACAACGUUCACCAACAGGUGGUUCCAUCGGCACAAACGUACGUGACGCUGCUUGUUUUGGUAUUUGGGCCUUGUCUCGCCGCUACUCUACCAAAGACAUGCUCGGUGUGCAGACUUCAUCGAUCCGAGCCUCUGAGCACCGCUCCGACGUGUCUGUCCCUCAAACCCUGGCGAUCGAACUUGUCGUUGUUGCAUGUCUUGACCCGGCCGGCAACAUUCGUCGAGGAUCAUCUGCAGCGCUACAGGAACUCAUUGGCCGUCAUCCCGACACCAUAUAUGAGGGUAUACCGCUCGUUCAAAUCGUCGACUUCCAUGCGGUGGGCCUUCGCCAGCGAGCUAUGUGCGAUGUAGCAGUAAAGGCGAGCAGUCUGCAUCCACUGUAUUGGCAAGCUAUCUUCGAAAAUCUACUGGGUUGGCGUGGUACUGGAUCACUGGACUCAGAUCCGCGUUUGUUUGCAGCCAGAUCGGUCGGCUUGUUAUCGGAGAAUCAGAAGCCCGACACAGUGCGACAGAUGGACGAACAAAUUUGUAGCCAGCUCAAGGCGCUGCGACCUCGAGAAAUCGAGGAGCGCCAAGGAUUUGUUGCAGCUCUGGCGGCACUUGUGGAUAUACCUAAUCAUGUGGAGUACAGCUCACAAGGUUUGAAUAGACCAGCAACCUUCAUUCAUCUGUGGCGCCUGUUUGAACAACAGCUCAAGCUAGAGGACAAGGCCUUUACAUCACCCGCAAUGCGACCAGAGUAUACGGCAUCGUCAUAUUGCAGCCUCAUCGCUGCCCUGGCUCGGGCCAUGGCCAUUCUACCGAAAGACGACUGGAUAUCGGCGAUACCGGUGGUCGAAAUCAAUCGCAUUGUGAAUCUGUGCCUUGCGCGCCAUGAGGAGACCGUUUUGUCCGCAAUAGCUGAUGUCGCCGGCCCAGUUCUAGCAGUCCUACGCAAUGUCACCGCUAGCUUUGCAGAGUCUCUGAUCAUAGAUUGGAUCACAAAGCUGGAGAACGAGGCUUCAUACAGUGGGCUCCGAUGUUCAGGCUACGCUAUCGCAAUUGGAUCGGCAUAUGGGGUGUCAAUGUCCACUCCAAGUGGUGUCACCACGGAGUUACAGCACCGAAUCCUUAGAACACUCACGUUCAGGUGUACAUCAGCAGUAGCAAUCGAGGCGCGUACGGUAGCCCUAAGGGCCCUGAACACAUUACUCAGGACGUGUGAGGAGAUGACGAAGGACAAUCGAUCACCCAGAGCAGCCGACGUCAAAGAAAGAAUAGCAAGUGCACUGCACAUAGCAUUGAAUGACUACACUGUCACCGAGCGUGGCGAUGUUGGCUCGCUUGUGCGAUUAGAGGCUCUGAACGCUGUCCGAACAGCAAGCGAAGCCAAUCUGUUUCGUGAUCAAACAACGGAGUCAGAUCGCAACAUAUACGCAGACGUGCUACGGCUCUCCUUAGAGAAGCUGGACAAAGUCAGGGCACGGGCAGCGGCUAUCAUCGCUCAGGAAUCAAUUGCAAGUUGUCCAGAUUUCUUCGCCGUAUCAAUCGAAGACGUCUCCUCGCAGUCGUACUUUACAAAGGCUUUGCAAGCGAUGCAAUCGACGAAAUCCUCAAUCAUUAGAGAAGCCAUAUGUCAAGGUCUCGUGAGUUCAGCUGGUAUGGCGUCCGAGUCAGUUGUUCAGAACUGUAGGGAGGCGGUACUCAAUUUCACUAUAACGUUACCCUUAACCAACACCUCAGGCAGGAACGAGUUCACGCUGGUGGAUUUCGCUACUUGCCUGCUAGAUUUGCUUAAGAAAGAGCUCGAGAAUGACAGGGUGUUGCUGCCUCUACUUGAAGGUUGGGCGUUCCUCUUUGACAUGCAGAUCACGCACCGACUUGUCUCCACGGAUUUCAACUUUCGAACGCUCCUUUCAUACAUCCAGAAAGCUCACUUCAAGUCGACACAUAUACAGAAGCUGCAUCUCGCCUUAGACGUGUAUCGUGGACUCGGCACAAUUCCAGCAGCCCGCACCGACACCCUCGCCAAAGUGACAAGCAUGCUCCUGCAUCCUUUCCCAAAGAUUCGGAUAACAGCUGCGGAGACUUUAUGGAUUCUGACUCAGGACGACGGGCUGAAGCUGCAGGACUGGAGCCUUCCUUCGAAAAGUCUGCAGUCAGUAGUUGACGGUAUUAAACUGCAUCAGGCCGGCACUGCAUAA